UAUUAUAGGGAACUUAGAUUGUGUUAAUUUUUAAAGAAUUUUUUUAUAUUGUGAUUAUAUUUAAUUGUAAUUUCUUUAAUUUAUUUCUUUUUAAAGAAAAAACCACAAACUAUUUGUUUUCUCAAAUGUAAAGUUAACUAUUCCAUUUCAACAUUCCUGACACAAUAAAAAAAAAAAUUUAAGUGUUUGAAUCUUCUAUGCCAUAUGGGAAUAAAGUAAAUUUUUUUACUUGUUGGAUGUUGACUGAAUGAUUACAUUCUUGCAUCAGCGUAUGAACAAAAGAAAAUUCAAUAUUGUAUUUUUUGUAUAUUAAAGUGCUAAAAUAUACGAUUUUUUUUACUUAAACAUUAUUUAUUGAAUAUAAACUUAUUUAUUUACGAGUUAAGUAUUUAUGCUUUUUUUUUUCUUGAUUUGCGGUUAUUGCGAAUAUAUUCCUCGUAAAAAGAAACAAAAACGAAGAAAAUAAGAGAAAGCAAAAAGAAAAAUAAACGCAAAAUGAUCUGUAAUUUUGGAGCAAAAUGAGUGCGGGUGAGUCUACUACUAAAGAAAAUUUAUCAUCAACUGAAGCAGAAUUACUAGCAAAGUUAGAAGCAGCUAAUAAAUUAAUUGAAAGCGAUGCCAAAAGCCUAAGUUCAAUGACUUCCACAAAUUCUACCCAUAGUAGAAAAAAUUCUAGUACCAGCCAAAUUGUGACAUCAUCGGCUGAAGAAGAUGUAUGGACUACAUGGUCAGCUAUUGUUAAUGACUGGGAAGGUAAUGUUAAAAGAAAAAAUUCAGCUAUACCAGAACUUGUACGUAAAGGUAUACCACGUCAUUUUAGACCAAUUGUUUGGCAAUUAUUAUGUGGUGCAUCAGAAAGUGAAAAAAAGAAAUAUGCUGAUUAUUUAAAGGCAACAUCAGCAUGUGAAAAAGUAAUACGUAGAGAUAUUGCACGUACUUAUCCUGAACAUGAUUUCUUUAAAGAGAAGGAUGGGUUUGGGCAAGAAGCAUUAUUUAAUGUUAUUAAAGCAUAUUCUAUACAUGAUCGUGAAGUUGGUUAUUGUCAAGGUUCAGCUUUUAUAGUUGGAUUACUCUUAAUGCAAAUGCCGGAAGAAGAAGCUUUUGCCGUUUUUGUUCAAAUUAUGCAACAGCACAAAAUGCGUGACAUGUUUAAACCAUCAAUGUCCGAAUUGGGUCUUUGCAUGUAUCAAUUAGAAAAUUUAGUUCAAGAUUUAUUACCAGAACUACAUAAUCAUUUUCAAACACAAGCAUUCCAAACUUCAAUGUAUGCGUCUAGCUGGUUUUUGACGCUAUUUACAACAAAUUUAAAUUUAAAUGUUAGCUGUCGUAUAAUGGAUAUAUUUUUAAGUGAAGGUAUGGAUUUUAUUUUUAAAUCAGCUUUAUCAUUAUUAACAAUAGGUAAAGAUGAUUUACUAUGUCUUGAUAUGGAAGCAAUGUUAAAAUAUUUUCAAAAGCAAUUACCUGAGAAAGUAGCUAACGACCCAGAAGCAUUUUUUUCAUUGACAAAUGAAAUAAAAAUUAAUUCGAAAAAAAUGAAGAAAUUUGAAAAAGAAUAUUUUGAUUUGAAGAAAAAAGAACAAGAAGAAAUGGUCGAAUUACGUCGAUUACGUAGCGAAAAUCGUUUAUUACUUAAACGAAAUGAACUUUUAGAAGCUGAAAGCGCUGAAUUAGCUGACAAAUUGGUAAAAGGACAAGUUUCCAGAGCUGAAGAAGAGGAAACCAGUUUUGCAGUUCAAAAUGAACUUCAUAUUCUUAGACGAAAUUACCUUGAAAUAUCGUAUCAAUUGGAAAACGCUAAUGAAGAAAUAAGAGCUUUAAGUUUAAGAUUACAAGAAAAUAAUAAUUCACAUCAAAGUUCAAUCGAUGAAUUAUGUAUUAAAGAAGAGGCACUAAAACAGCGUGAUGAAAUGGUUUCCUGUUUGCUCGAAGAAUUAGUAAAAGUAAGGCAAAGUUUAGCUGAAAAUGAAGAUCUUGUUAGAACAUUAAAAAUGAAAGUUGAAGAAUUAGAAGAAGAUAAAAAAACACUACGUGAAAUUACACCUGAAAAUUCUGUAGCACAUUUACAAGAUGAAUUAAUUGCAAGUAAAUUGAGGGAAGCCGAAGCAAGUUUAUCAUUAAAAGAUUUAAAACAACGUUUUCAGGAACUGAGUUCACAAUGGCAACGUCAACUGCAAGAGCAGAAAUCUGACGCAUCAAAUGAGAAUAAUUCGUCUGCUACUGCAAAGAAAUUAUUAUUUUGGGAUACAAAGUCAAAUGAAACACAAAAAUUAGAAGAAGAGUUAAUGACGACAAGAAUAAGGGAAAUGGAAACCUUAACUGAAUUAAAAGAAUUACGCUUAAGAGUAAUGGAACUUGAAACCCAAGUUCAAGUAUCAACAAACCAAUUGAGAAGGCAAGACGAGGAAAAUAAAAAAUUAAAAGAUGAAUUAGAACAAUCUAAAGGGCGUGAAAAAGAUUUAGGUAAUAAAACACGUGAACAACAGCAUAGAUAUUCUGAUUUAGAAUCACGUAUGAAAGAUGAAUUAAUGAACGUUAAAAUAAAAUAUACAGAACAAUCGCAAUUGGUCGCAGAAUUAAGACAAGAAAUUUCUAGAUUAGAGACAAAGAAUUCCGAGAUACUUGCCGAAGGUGAAUUACGUUCAAAUCUUAAUGAUGAAUCUGAUGAUAAAAUAAAUGAUUUAGAAGAUCGUAUCGAGGAUAUCAAAGCGGACCUUCCAACACCAAUUACUAGCCCUGAUAAUGAACCAUGGAAAUGGAUAAGUUAAAAUGUUUUUUUUAAUUUUUUUUAUUUUUAAUUAAAAAAUAUUUUUUAAAUAAAAGAAUGAAAAUGUUUAUGUUCAAUAGCAACACCAAAAAAAAAUCUGUCGUAUAUACUUAGCAAUGAAAAAAAAUGAAUUAUAAGCACUUUGGUUUUUCUUUUAAUUUUUUUAUGCUAUUGUCAAUGAAAAUUAAUGUUAUUCAGUAAAUAUUAAUGUAAGGGUUUUUUGUAUUAAUAUGAAAAAAAAAAUAAUAAAAAAUACCUAAUUAUUAAAAAGAAGUGGAAUAUUUUAUAUGUAAACUAAAAAUAAAAAGA